GGGUCGGACUCGCACCUCGCUCGUCAGUCGUUGACGGUUCUGUUGGGUUCUGGAGUUCAGGUGGGCGGGGUUUUCCAUCCGGGUACUGGCGUGACCCUGCAGGAGAGCAAACAUGGCGGAGUCCUCCCUUGGGAAUUCAAGCCCAGGAGGCUCAGGGGGUUCCGUCGACCGUGACUUUGAUCCAUCGGCGGACAUGCUCGUCCACGAUUUUGAUGACGAACGCACAAUGGAAGAGGAGGAAAUGCUGGAAGCAACCGAUGAAGCCAACGCUAAUGAGAUUGAAGAUCUUGCACGUGAAGGAGAAAUGCCCAUCCACGAACUCCUGAGUCUCUAUGGUUAUGGCGGCGCGUCGCCUGCAGACGAGGACGAUGAGGAGGACGAAGAAGAGGACGAAGAAGAGGACGAGGAUGACGAGAUGGACAAUGACGAAAGCAGCAGAGGCACUGGCGAGCUCAAAAGAAAUGCAGAUGAAGAAGUCGUAAAGAACUCUGCGACGCAGGAGGACGAGGCCCCGCAGACCGCCGAUGGCCAUGCGCGUUCUGUACGAGUUCUCGGCACGUCGGAACUUAUUCGGCCGCAGAAACACAAGUACUUUGAAAGUAAUAACGAUGCAGAGGAAGAGUCAGAGGAAGAUGAGGAUUAUGUUCCAUCUGAAGACUGGAAAAAGGAAAUCAUGGUGGGGUCUAUGUACCAAGCAGAAACGCCCACUGGCCUGUGUAAAUAUAAAGAUAAUGAAAAAGUUUAUGAAAAUGACGACCAACUGUUAUGGAACCCCGAGUGUGUACCUGAAAACAAAGUAGUGGCAUUCUUGAUAGAGGCAUCAAGACGUACAGGAGAGGAGAAGGGAGUCGACGCCAUCCCUGAAGGUUCCCACAUCAAGGACAAUGAGCAGGCAUUAUAUGAACUCGUGAAAUGUGACUUUGACACAGAAGAAGCUUUAAGAAGACUUAGGUUUAAUGUAAAAGCAGCCAGAGAGGAGCUUUCAGUCUGGACUGAAGAGGAAUGUAGAAAUUUUGAACAAGGACUAAAAUCCUAUGGAAAAGACUUUCAUUUAAUACAGGCCAACAAGGUGAGAACUAGGUCUGUAGGAGAAUGUGUGGCCUUUUAUUACAUGUGGAAGAAGUCUGAGCGUUAUGAUUUCUUUGCACAGCAAACCAGACUUGGAAAAAGGAAAUACAACCUUCACCCUGGUGUCACAGACUACAUGGACAGGUUACUAGACGAAACGGAGAGCGUUGCCUCCAGCAGGGCGGCGUCGCCCCCUCCCACCACGUCCAGCAGCAGUGCCAGCCACUCGGAGAGGGAAGAUAGCAGCGGUCACAAUGGUAUCGCAGGCCACAUUCCCAGUCAUCUAGGAGAUGGCGCCCAUAGUGUCCAAGAGAACCAAGUAAAACGGGAGCCCGUUCAGUCGAACGGACCGUCAGGCGACGGUCCCCUUCACCCUUCGGGCAACAACUCCAACGGAUGCAUCCACCCCGGCUCGCCCAGUCACGAGCAAAACGGCUCCCCCGACGCUCAAGCAGACCAAAGAGACACGGCCGUGGCGGCGCAGGACAAGCCGGCCAAGAGGUUCAAGAUGGAGCCAGAGCUUUCGGUCCCGAGCCAAUUGGAACCUACCAGAACGCAGGAGAACUGAAGAGUCCUCCGUCAUGUUGUGAGGACGCUGACUUUCUUGGCGGGAAAUGGGUCAGCGAGGUCUCUGUGACCGCCAGUGGGACGAGUUGACCAAAAAAAAAAACCCGCCGUCGAUCCUCCAGCAACGGCAAGAUUCCGACCCGUCUGGUCUCUCGAGCGCACCCAUGUAGCUCUGAACUCGACUGACUGACAGCAUUUUGCCAAGAAUAUCUUUUCUAUCUGUACUCAAAAACAAUUCCCAUUAAUAUUUUUUUACACAAGAUAUUUAUAUUUUUUAACAAAAGUCUAUGAUGGGUAUUUGCUUUUCAAGCCAUUUGAACAUUUGUGAACAGCAAAGAGUUUUGAAUGACGUCGCGCCGAUGUUGCCGGCUACGUCGCGAGUUCACUUUAGUUGCACUUUCAUUGUACAUUUCUGUGGUUGUCAAGAAGCAGCAGCAGAAUGACAUAACUCACUCAGAAAUAAACCACCGCAGGUUUGUUUGUGUCAAGCCGCUGACAUCAGUGAUGUCCUGUAUUGUUAAUGCAUUUUGGGAUCUUUAGAAUCUGCUUCCUCGCUUUAAUUUUUCCUUUUACCCGUCAGAAUGUCAGUGAUUUUUAAGCUUUGUAUAGAUUUCCUACAUCCGUUGGUACAUUCUUAAGUCUGUUCUUAGGUUCAUGAGCGUAUUGCUUGUGUUGCUCUGAAAUAUACAUAAUGUAAUAGAAGUAGCCGUUCCAAUUUGACUGAGUUCAUUUAAAGCAGUCUUUUGUUCUAAAGUUGCUAUGUUUGACUUUACACAGCAGGUUGAUUUGAGCGGGUGCUAUCCUCCAUCCACGCCGCUAAUUCAGUGAAGUUGCCUUGAAAUCACUUCGUUUCUAUCUACACUCCUGACUUAAUGGUCAUUUCUUCACAGAGCACAUCGAUGCAGCUAGUCCCAUUUUUGAGUGAUGUUUGGCUUUCUCCCUCUGUAAAUGACACCUGAAUAAAAACAACUGCUUACUAGACAAUUGGGUAUAUUUGAGAAAGCUCUUUCAAAUAAAACAAUCACAUGCGGAAUAAGUGGUUUACCCUAUUAGGGACAGUGCAAGGUUUUCUUUAAAAAUAAUUACAAUGAAAUGAACAUUUACCCCGUAUGGGUUAAAAAAAAAAAGUCCAAUCAUCAAUGGAAGGCACUAAAGAUGGAAACACUGAUGGGCGUCUUCCAAUGUGGGUCUUGAGAUUCACGCCUUUUCUGUUUGAAAUAUGGAAAUGUUUCAAGUUGGCAUUCAAAACCAUCUAAAUGAAGCAUUUAAAUUGAACACUGAAAACUUACUUGUUUGCACCUCUGUGAAUGUGAUGAAAGAGUACACAAGGCUGCCUACAAUACUUUUGGGACACAAAGGGGACAUUUUCUCAAUGACAAUUUCAACCUUUUACAUUUGUUUUACCAGUAUUGCUUGACAGUAUUUGUAAAUACUGUAAUACUAUUGCAAAACUUGCGAAAAUGUGUUGAUUAUGGAUUGGACAUACAUUCCAGAAGAGGAGGACAUUUGGGCUUCAAAAUUCUUAUUUUCAGAUACAUACACUGCUGGCCAAAAGUAUUGGCACCCCUGCAAUUUUGUCAGAUAACGCUCAAUUUCUCCCAGAAAAGGAUUGCAAUUACAAAUGAUUUGGUAGUAAGAUCAUUUACUUUGCUUUCAAUGAAAAAACACAAAAGAGAAUGGGGGAAAAAAAUGAAAUCAUCAUUUUACACAAAACUCCAAAAACGGGCUGGACAAAUGUAUUGG